ACAGACUGUCAUUUCGUUUCAGUGAAAAGAGAAAAUUAUAGGUUAGAAAAUAUGGCAAAAAGUAUUAAUUUUAUUAAAUUAUUUAUUUUAACUAGCUAGCGAUUUGUUAAAUAGCUUAGUUAGUAAAUUUUAUAAGGGAUACAGCAGUAAAAAAAUAUUCGUGCGAUCUUUAUGUCGUACGCUUCAAGAAAUAAGGAUGCAAGCCCUGGGCCUGACAUGGAAGCGAUUAGCAACUAAAGCUUCCGAUUCUUCAUUUAUGGCAGGAUAUUUGAGGAGACUCCAUAAUACUUUGUUUAGUAGCAAAUACCUUUUGUAUACAAAUGUGUCCGUAUCAGUAAGUUUAUCAGCCCUGGGUGAUUUUUUAGAACAAAAAUAUGAAUUAUAUAAGGGAACAGAAGACAAAUAUGAUUACAAACGCACCAUGCACAUGGGAUGCUCAGGAGCCGCUGUGGGCGUCCUCUGUCAUAAUUGGUACAAAGUCCUAGAUAGAUUUAUACAAGGCAAAACAGUGUCAAUGGUUUUUAAAAAGUUGGUAUUAGACCAACUUGUAUUCUCACCAGUUAUGAUUUGUACGUUUUUUGGUAGUCUAGCGUUGUUUGAAGAAAACCCUGUAGAGAAUUUUAGAGAUGAAGUAACAGAUAAAUUUUUAACACUUUAUAGAGCCGAAUGGAUGGUUUGGCCGCCAGCACAAAUAAUUAAUUUUUAUUACUUACCAACAAGAUACAGAGUAUUAUAUGACAACUUCAUAUCUCUAGGGUAUGAUGUUUAUACAUCUCAAGUAAAACAUAAUAAGUCAUAAUAUUGUAUUUUUAAUGUUCAACUGUAAUAAUAUAAAUUAAAUAUUUUGGACUAUAUUCUAGUUUAUAAAAAUCCGAAUAUAUAUCAUGUAAGCAAUAAUAGAGGCAUGCUAGAGACAGUUUACUUAUUAGAUUUUUAUUGAAAUAUAAAUAUCUCAUUCUACCUCAAAUAACUUAGGUUCAUUGCGGUUUUCAUCACCCAAUCAUUAUUGUAAAAUGUCUACGACUGUAGUAGAAAAUUUGUUUUGAUUUGAUUUUAUUUCAGAAGAUAUACAUAUUUAUGUUCAUUUUUUGUUCAUAUAUAUUACUGCACAUAGUAAACGUGAUAGCAGCGUGCUAUAUCAUGCCUACGACUAUUCCUUGGAUUAGUAAAAGUGCUGUGAUAAUGUACUUAUUAGGAUUUUUGUAAUUUUAUCAUGUUGAAAAUGAAAUGACCAUCAAUAAAAAAAUGCAUUAUUUUUGCAUAAA